AUGGAAGUCUCUACUCCAGGAAGGAGUGUCACCGAACCAUCCACCCCCAUUCGUGAUCUGUCCCCAGCACGUCUUUCGUCUGGUAGCCAUACCGAUCCCAAUCGUCGUUCUCAAGGCGUACGAGUUCCCCUUCCUCCCCAUGAUAUUCCACGUCUAUCGUUCUCCUUGGCACAAGAGGAAGCUCGCCGAGCGGAGAGAAGAUCCAGACGAAGUGGAAGACAUCAGGUUAAUGCUAAUGAGCCGACAUCUCGCUCUCGGUCUCGGUCGCGAAGAAACAGUCUCACACUCGAUCCUCGUCUGAGCGGAGAUUUUGCACAACGAGUCAAGAGAAGACGACGGUCAUCGUUGGUGGAGGUGGACCGCAGCACUAAACGCAUUUUCAAUCCAGGAUAUGUAGAACCAGUUACUGUGGACUACCUCAAGUUUUUUUGCAAGGUUCUGAUCGCAGAGAAAAAUAAGCUUGCAGAACACCAACAACCUAUUAUUGAUUCACCACCGAACCGAUCCCGUUCUCGUUCGUCCUUUUUGAUCCACUACUCCGAUCAAAAUCCUGAAAUAGACGAGUUCAACAACUCGCUUCCACUUCCAUCUGAUACCCAUCCUCUAUUGUCACCCGUAAUUCGUUCAGACCCAGACAAUGUCUACGAGCAUGAUACUCCUUAUGACAACCAUGACUUGAAACCUGCGCCCCCUUCUAAACCAAAAUCAUUUUCGUAUCUUGAAAGAAUUCUUGCGUCCCAGGGUCAGAAGAAACAAGAAGCACCUGCUUACACUUUUGGUCCUCAAAGCUUCAAGACUCCUGCAAGCAAAGCACCGAAAUCUCCAGUCGACCAAACAUCGCCUUUUAUUAUCGAUGAUAAAGGAAUUGAAAGUACUCACGAACUGCCACUUCCAGAUAUGCCUGUCGAACAGGAAACUACACCGCAACCCAUUUCAAAUGCUCCCGUGACAGCCACACCACCUUAUCUUUCUGAAGACCCCAAUGGACAAGACGAGCUUCCUGGCGAGACGGAAAUCGGGAAAACAGACUUAGCAGAUGGCAUCGAAGAAGCUAAUUUUGAAAUUCCAAACGAUUUAGACACCCAACAAGAGCAUGAUAAUCUGACAGAAUCACCUCAGGUACCCUCUUUUGGUAAUACUUUAGCCAAAGAUAUGCUUUCACCACCCACCGCUCUGCUGGUGCACACUCCCAGUAUUGAUGGAACUCCAGAGCGUACGUUUCAAGACGUAUUAGGAUUUUCACCUAGUAUAAUUCAAGAGGAGUACACUUUGAUGGAUGCUGUGAAUGUUCCCGAUAUUAUUGAACCUGAUUCAGAUGAUGAAAAUCCACAUGAACCACCUUCACGGAAUCUGCCAUCACCUCUGCCUGCUAGAGAAUCUAGUUCUGAACGGUCUCCAACAACAUUAAGUCAUCGGACCCGGAUUCCACAUGCGUUGCUAUCACUUCCAGACCAAGAAGUCUCAACUGUCUCUUCUUUCCCCAUUGCAAUGAUAAGAAAAAUGGUCAAGUCUAGUCAGACUUCUGCAUUUGAAAAUCAAGUAAAUCUUGUCCCUGCGGCGAGAAGAAAGGUUCGCUUCCGGCCAGAGAUUUACCAGGAGAUAGCAGCCAAGUCGAGCGAGUUCAUCCUGGCAAUGAUGGAAGAUCUCGAGGCGUAUGCAAGUCAUAGAUCAGCAUCGCCCAAUUACCAGAUUACUAUCAAAGACGUCUUGCUAUACUUGCACCGGAUCCGAUUUAUCAAGAACAACAGUGAUGAGAUCGACACAGUAGCAAGAUUGGCUCAUAGUGUGCUACCCACAGAGACGUUAAUAUCAUUAGACAACAGCAUUGCUGGUGCCGUGGAAGUGUCUUCUGGGCUGAAGUCUUCAGCUGAAAGUGACGACCUUUACGUGGACGAUUUUUACGGCUCGGAGUCGCUGGACGACAAUAUUGCCGAAUUGUAG